GAUACUGCAGGAUGAAAUCGAGUCUAUGCCAUUGAAAGCUAUUCUUUUAUAUAUAUAUUAUUUCCAGUAAACUGUUGUAUAACAGCCGGACAGAGGGCAAAAGGACACUCUGACUAAUGGAGCCCUGUGGACAAGUUUAGUAUCUACUCUUUGCUUUUAACAAUGUAUCUUCAAGAAAUAAUGUGGUUUACUGCAUUCAUUGGCUUAUCAACAUGCAACCGUGUAUAUGUCCAUCCAUUCAAUCUACUGACUUACAACAAGAGCGAAUGUGAAAAUAUCCAGUUUCAUGAUCACAGUUCUGAGAUGUUCUUCCCUACAGCUAUUGAAUCAAAAAACAAUGCUGACGAAAAUAACUUUGAACUCCAAAGAAACCUGGAAGCAGGUCAUAUCGGGACUACUGAAUCCUAUCUGAUAUCAAUUAUUAAUAGUGUUAGUUUUCGUGCUGUUGCUGGAUGGUGGAAACUACGCAAAACAGACAGUAUCCUAAUACCCUACACUGAUUUUUUUAGAACAAUGGUGUCAUUUUAUCUUGGAGCAUCUGGGAACACUUCCAAUAGUCUACAAACAUUUUUAGGACUUGAAGACAAAUCAGGUUCUACUAACUGCACUUCUAAAGUGAAUGGUUUUAAAGUAAUCUCAACCCUCCAAAAUAUUGAUACAUUUUUAUUUUCUAAAGAUUCUAAUAUCAAUACACUAAGAACUGUGUGCAUGUUUGUCUCUCCAAAUGUCCCACUGUCAAAGAAGUUUGUUCAUGGAUUAACCCUAACUGCUGAUAACUUCUAUGUAAAAACUGUAGACUUCAAAGAUUCUACUAAGGCAGUCAAAUUAAUCAAUGAUUUUCUGGAUUCCAAACUGCCAGCAAAUGCCAUAUCUGGAUUAACUUCCAUUAAUGUAAUUGCCGACUUCAUGUACAUUAGCCAUGUUCAAUUUAAAGGCAAAGUGGCUAAUUCAUUCUUACUUCCAAAGCGUCAACCCUUCUGGACUGAGCCAAACAAGAUUGUCUUGGUUCCUAUGAUUGCAGUAUCAGGAAUAUUUCAGUUUACUGAAGAUAGGACCGCAAAUCAGUUAAUAAUAAAGAUUUCCCUAAGUGACAAUGAUUUCCUGCUAUUGGUCCAGCCACUAAAUGGAAACACCCUUGAGAACAUCGAGUCUUCUAUGAACUGGAAUACAUAUCAAGAAUGGGUGAAUGGACUAUCAAAACGAUCUAGAUACAUUAAUUUGUCUUUGCCAAAACUGAAAAUAGAACGUUCAUACAAUAUUCAAGAUCUUCUUUCAAGUUUGGAAGUAUCUGAACUGCUUGGAAAAAAUGCUGACUUCAGCAAAAUGAGCAAAACAAACAUAAAAGUGGGAAAGGUUAUUAAUACGAUCGAUUUUGAGCUUGAAGAAAGUGGAACAGAUCCACAUGAAGAAAAUGAUGUCCCAGAGACCAAAGAAGAGCCGCUGGAAGUUAUGAUUAAUAGACCCUUCAUUCUGGCCCUGUGUGAAGGCACUACCAAGUCAUUACUUCUGCUCGGAAGAGUAAUACACCCAACAAACGUCAUUUAACCUCAUUCCAGCUUAACAUUUAAAAAAUAAUAAUAAUUUGUGAAAAUUCUUAGUUGACACAUAUCUAGUAAUAUAAGUGCAUGUAUUAUUGAUAUAAAUAUAAUUCUAACUUUUUAGACGUAAAUAUCAGAAAAUAAACACAAAAUUUACGAAUGGGAUGCUCACACAGAAUUUUGGCAAUAUAUUACACUCCAAAAGUGGUGUGUUCAGUAAAAGAUGAUUUCCAUUCGAAAUGUUAUAUACAGAGUAGCAUUCAUUUUUUUUAAUAAAGUGAUAUUAUGAAUCAA